CAGCAAGCUCCAGUCCCAAGACCACCAAGUCAAAUAGCUCACCAGUCCCGUCACUGUCGUUGACUCGUUCCUCAGUCUCUCCAUCCAGCCCGGUCAUUCACUCUUUCCGUCCAAACCAGACAAGAUGCAGUUCUCGCUCUCCAUCGCAACGGCAAUCCUGGCGGCCACCGCCUCGGCCUUGCCCAUCCUUGAGAUCCGCCAGACUGUUGGAACCACUGCCAAUGAGUUCACUUCGGGUGGAUGCAAGGACGUCGUUCUGCUUUACGCUCGCGGAACCAGUCAAUCUGGCAACAUGGGCGAGGAACCAGGCCCAGCACUGGGCAACGCCCUCAAGACCCGCCUUGGCGCCGCACGAGUGGCCGUCCAGGGCGUCAGCUACUCUGCCUCGCUGCUCGGCAACCUCAACCCUGGCGGCGCACCGGCCAGCGAGGCCACCAGCUUCCGGACUCUGAUCGGUCAGGUGGCGAGCCAGUGCCCCAACGCACGCAUCGUCGUGUCCGGGUACAGCCAAGGCGGCGCCCUGGUCCACCGCGCCGUCGAGGGCACCACCGCCGCCGUGAGCGCCCGCAUCGCCGCCGGCGUCACCUUUGGCGACACCCAGAAGCAGCAGGACGGCGGCCGCAUCCCUGGCAUCGACGCCAGCAAGUCCCUCAUCAUCUGCAACACGGGCGACCGCGUCUGCGAGGGUACCCUCAUCAUCACCUCUGCGCACAGCGGUUAUGGUGCCAGGGUUGGUGAGGCUGUUGACUUUAUCGCUGCCCGUGUCUAGAGUCAACAGGGUCUUGGGUGAUCUUGGGAAUCGGAAGCUGGCUUUGACUUUUGACUUUUGGGAACUUUCUUGUAUAUAUUUUCUGGGCUUGGAUUAUGAUAAUGAUGGUAAAUAAGGAAAUGGGAUGAACAUAGGUAUCUAAACAAAGAACAGAUAGCCUAGCCUGAGUCUUAACUGAC